AUUCCUCAGUUAUGCCCCUUUACUACUUCGCCAAUAGAUGGCGCCAAACGCUACGGUCCUGCGCGUACUUCCGGUAUAUUACGCGGUUCAUAGAUAUUUGCACGACCAACAACUACAACGAAGUAUUUACGAUGCCUUCGACGUGCUGCUGUGUCCCGGGAUGCUGCAAUCGAGGUGGUUUGUCGUUUCCGAGAGAACCCAUGUUGCUGAAACGAUGGUUGAUAGCUAUUCGGAGGAGCGACGAAUCAAACCAAGGCAAGAUGUGGAAACCGUCACCUCACAGUGUUGUGUGUCAUUCCCACUUCAGACCGUCUGAUUUCAUUGCUGUAACUAGUUAUGGUGCUUGUUUUCCACAGAGAUGAGGCACAGAUGAUUCAAGAAUACAGGGUGUACACCUCUGAGGAAACAGAGAAAACCAGAUGCUGUACCAUCAAUCUUUCCCUGGACUGCAUCAGCCAACGCACUUGAGGCCGAUGGAGGAUUAAGGAAAUCCCGCAUUGAAAGACGUGAGAGCCAAAAGAGGACAUUUAAAGCAAUGGAUACAGAUUGUUAUAUUGAAUGUGAUCUCAGUGAGGUAGCUGGGGAGGAAAUAAUUGACAAUGUUGAGUUUGAUGACAUGAAUACCGACUUAAACAUUUGUUCUGCAGAUAGUGCAGAGGUUGAAUAUGAAAGUACAUCAGCUCAGACAGACAAAUUUCCAAUGCUUUCAUUACAAAGUAUUAUGUUUAAUGCUGCAGCAAUUUUGUUUUAUACAGGACUGUCAAACUAUACAGACUUCACCUUUGUACUUGCAAGUUUGGGUCCUUGUGCAUAUCACCUAAAUUAUUUGUACAGCAAAGUUGACAGUAUGACUAUCAGUGUGGAAAAUCAAUUGCUUUUAACACUUAUGAAACUGCGCCGACAUAAGACUAACUUUGAACUUGGUCUUCAUUUUGGAAUUUCAGAGAAAACUGUAUUAAAUGUAUGGAUCACCUGGGUAAAUUUUAUGUAUAGACAGUGGAGUGAGCUUGAUAACUGGCCAGAACGAGACUUAGUGCACUAUUUUUGUCCUUCUGAUUUCAAAUCCAAAUUUCCAUCCACACGAAUUAUCAUUGAUGGUACUGAAUGCCCUAUCCAGAAACCAAAACGUCCCAUAGCUCAGCAGUCUACAUACUCAACGUAUAAAAAUCGAAAUACUAUCAAAAUACUUGUUGGAUCCACACCAGGUGGUCUUGUGUCGUAUGUGUCUCCUGCGUAUGGUGGCUCCACAAGUGAUCGUCAAAUAGUAGAGCGUAGUGGUUUGACAGUGAUGUGUGACCCAGGAGAUAGUAUUAUGGCCGAUAAAGGUUUCAACGUACAAGAUAUUUUUGCACCAAAAGAUGUUACCAUUAAUAUGCCAACAUUCUUCUCAAAGAAAAACCGUAUGUCUGGCAAGACUGUUAUGCGUGAUAGGAAAAUAUCAAGCAAAAGAGUUCACAUUGAACGUAUUAUUGGUCUGGCAAAAACAUUCAAAAUACUCACUGAACCUCUUAACAGUUCAGAAACCAAAUUAGCCACAGAAAUAACCACGGUUUGCUUCAUGCUUUGUUCUUUCAAAAAGUGCAUUGUUCCCACUACUUGCUAAUCAUUAAAAAUAUCUUUGAUUCCAGGCGGACGUUAGUCAGACGUAGAGUAUGGAGAUUUGUUUCUAAUUUCUUUCAAAAAGGCCUGUUAUUUGCGUUUGCUACAUGAUUAAAGAUAAUUGUUGCUAAAUAUUCAUGAGGAUAAAGUUGAAUGUAACAUGUUAUCGAUUAUGUAUCAUGUUGAGACUAGAAUGGGAAUCUGUGGUCAAAAAGCAAGUUUGAAGCAAAUUUACCAUUUGUGUGCAGCCACAAUCAAUCAUACUCUUUUGUCAAGGUACAAACAUAAAUGUGUAAGUAUCAGAGAUUAUGAUAAUGUAAUGCUAAACGUCCUGUUCAAUGUGGUGUUAAACCCAUCUCACUCACUGAAUUUGUUUUACAUUUAUGACAUCAGUGACAUGAAUUUAAGAAUGUUGACAUUGUUUGGUGCGUACUGUUACAUUAUCCCCUGCCACAAAGUGGGAGAGACACAUUUCUUGUCCGAGCAUAAUUCGGAAACUGUUUCAUAUGACUUUAUGAAACUUUGCACAUGUAUCAAACACAAGUUGAACUGGUGCCCUUUCCUGUUUUCCAUGGCAGCAAUUUGGAUUAAACCCAAAUACUGGUUGCUUUUAUUUCACGAACUUAAAAUCUGAAUAAGUUGAAGUGUAUAUUUCUGGAUCAUAUAUCCAUUAUUUUUUCAAUGGAUACAUGUUUACUGAGAAACAAAUUGUAAUUUAUUGUGUCCCAUGGCUGUGUAUUCUUGUUUCAUAUGAUACUGGCAGCAGCUAGACCGGUCCAGAUAUUUGGCACAUCUUAGUGCUGUUGCUUCAGCUCUCUCAGAUGUUAUAAAAGGCAAUCAUGACAAGAAAGAAGUCAAUGACAAUGUUUUUUUAUCAUUCCCUCAAACAGUUCAGCUGCAGAUAAUAAUCACAUGACAGUUGUAAUUCCUCAGAUAUAGAGCUGAAGGAGUAUGCUUCAAGCAGUGAUGAUAUUUAUGAGUAUGGACACUGAAUUGUGAUUAUGUAUUGCACUGCUUCAUCUAUAUUUAGAUCUUCCAACUAUUAACUACUGGAGUACUUAACAGAUGGUUGCCAUCGUCACAAAAGGAGUUAAAAGUUAAUGUCACAUCAAUACUAUUUCAGCCAUAUAGCGACAAAACCAAGUUGAUAUACACAAUUUACUCAUGAAUGCAAAGGUAUAUUUAAAAACAUUUUUUCAUACACAUUUGGACGUAACAAUAUCAUUUAUACAGUUUUAAAACACGGGUUAUAGGCCAUCAGAAACCAAAGCUAGGCCACCUCACCGGGGAUCAUGGGGACUUACGGUGCCUCUGCUUCCUGCACGAUACCCCAGCAGGAUUUAUGUCAUUAACUAAGCCACUGGUGGUUGUGCUCAAUACUAGCCAGUCAGCAAUGAUGUCAGUUGAUUAUAGCAUCACAUCAAAUUUAAAAACAGGCAAUUAAUGAUUCACAUACAUAUUUAGAUUAUUUUUUUUUACAGACCAUUUUUUCUUUCAAGUAGUUGAUAAUGAGGUGCCUGGUCAUAUAGUACUUUAUCAUCCAAAACUGGCUCCCACAGGCGAUAUCGCUUGGAUGAGAUCAAGCGAUAUCUACACUGUAGAUAUCGCUGCAAUGAAAUUACAUCGGGUGAGAUUCUCUAUGUAACAGUAAGUAUGAACUGACAUCUGAGAUUGUAUUUAUUUAGACUAGUGAAUGCAUCCAUGUAUGGGACCAGUGUGUACGUUGUGAUAUUUAGAUUAUCCAACUUAUAAAUACUGGAGUGAUUAAGAGAUGGAUGCCAUUGUCACAUAGUACUGUAACAGUAAGUACUAUAUGUCUUAAUAAACAUCUGAGAUUGUAUUUAUUUACACAAGUGAAUACAUCAAUGUAUGGGACCAGAGUUCAACCUGGUUUUGUCUGAUGCAACUCUUUUCACGUCAACAUGCAUCUGGUGAAAUAUCAUCCUUAAAUGGAGCCCCGCAAGUUUUUUCAUAACUUUUUGUUUGUGAAUGUCCAUAUAUGCAGAAUAUAAUAUGUUCAGCAUUAAACAUUGAGACUACAA